AUGUCGGGGCGAAGCAUGCGCCAGAGGGCGCCCGUCUCGUACAAAGCCGGCGAUAUGAAUCAGGCCAAGACCCCCUCGUGGCUGACUAAGACCAUGGUUAACGCGCCCGAGCCUGAGCGCAAGCGCAAGCCGAAGGAACCGCCAGUCGACGCCGCCAAGCUCGCGAAGAAGCUCCAGAACAUCGCCGAUAACGAUGGGAAGGAGAACAAGCCCGGCAAGUCCAAGCCCGGGCGGAAGAAGCUCGUGAAGAAGUCCGAGAUGAUCGUCGCGACGGACGACGCCGCGCCGGAUACGGACGAUGACAUGGACGACGUGCCCAUCGGCCGGGCGUUCGCGCUCCCCGCACCCAAGCCCAAGCCCGCCAAGGAGGGCAAGAUGCGCGAGAAGACGGUGAAGGAGAGGAAGCUCUCAGAAAAGGGCAAGCAGCCGGGGCGAAAGGCGACGGCGAUGGGCAAGGCUGCGAACAUCGCCGCCGCCGGACUCAAGCGCCCCGCGAAGCAGUUCGAGAUUGACGAGGAGCCAUCGAGCCGCGGAUCCAAGAAGGUGCCCGCGGGCGGCAGGCCCGCGAAGAGGCAGGCCAGGGCGGCGCUGGAGGAUCGCUUCGCCGCCGUGAAGACGCCCAAGCCGUCCAGGUCUCCAAACGUCCUGGACGAUACCGACGUCGUCGCCACCAGGUGGCCGUCCAUGGCGAACCUAACGGGAUCGGGAGACGUGUCCCCGCUCGACGACGACUUCUUCGCCGAGAAGCCCAAGGGUAAGUCGAAGAAGGGCGCGAGCAAGGGUGCGGAUGGCAAACCCGUCUCCAGGUUUGCGCAGAUGGCCAGGGCGGCGGAGGCUGCCGCGGAGCACGCAAAGUCCGUCAUCGGCGCGCGCGGCGAGCGCCUCCCCGCGGGUAAGCCCGACGGCGCGUGGUCCUCCGCGUACCGCACCCUGCAGGCUGCGCACGUCAAGCUCCAGACCAAGUACGAGAAGCUCAAGGAGACGAAGCUGGCGGACAUGGUCGGCGUCGCCGAGCAGUACCAGAGCGAGAUCGCGGAGCACGGCGCCAAGGCGGAGGAGCUCAUCAACCACUUCCGGGCGGAGACGGACCGGUACAGGGAGCUGGCGGCGAACGCGGAGGUGAUGCAGGAGAGGGUGUUUGAGCUCGAGCGGGAGAGCUCGGAGCUCAAGGAGACGCUGCUGGCGUACCAGGGCAAGAUCCUGCGAAUGGAGCAGGACGCGGCGGCGGAUGCGGAUCGCAGAGGCGCGGAGGUGGACGCCGAGAGCAGCGGCAGGUUCUGGGGAAGCGAGGAGCUCGAGGCGUUCACGGGGCUGCGUUGGGAGAAGCAGGAGACGGGGGUGCACAGGUUCACGCACGCCGCCACCGGGUUUUGCUUCCAGCUCGCCGCCGCCGAGCCGGAGGAGGAGGAGGAGGACGCGGCGACGCCGGUCGGCGGAGGAGGUGGCGACAGGAGGAGGAGCGAGGUGAUGGCGGCGCGCGGGGGCGAGCCCGCGGCGGAGGAUGUCGCCUACGAGCCCAUCCUCUUUGGCGACGCGGAGGGGUACCUGCCCGGGUACCUCGCCGAGGCGAUUGAGUUUGAGCGCGGCGAGAUGCCGGAGUUUGUGGGGCGCAUGCUGGGGGUGCUCAACCAGGUCGCCGCGGAGCGAGCGAGGGGGCGGUGA